AUGACGCUUAGGCACGGCAAUAGCCGGUAUGAAAUCAGAGACGUACAGUACGUUUCUUCCAAGGUCAUAUACAUCGGGCACAAAGAAGAUAAUGAAGUGUCUCUCAAGGACAAAAAUGCCAAAAUGAGUAGCCUGGUAGAGAUGUCGGAAACUGAACUAAAUCAAAUCUAUUCAUUUGCAAUACAGCUAGCUAAGGAUGCUGGUAAUUUGCUCAUAGAAGCGCUUCACUCCAGAAGGCAAGAUAUUGACUCGAGAGAAGACCUGACGGAGAAGCUCAAUGCUGUCGAUAUAGUUACCAAGACCGAUACAGAAGUCGAGCAGUUCAUCCACGCCUCCAUAUCUCAGAGAUAUCCAGACCACGAUUUCGUCGGCGAGGAAAGCUAUUCCCAAGGUUCUACAAAAGACUAUCUUGUUACAGAUAGACCAACCUGGAUUGUCGACCCGCUGGAUGGCACAGUCAACUUUACUCACGCCUUCCCUAUGUUUUGUGUUAGUAUCGCACUGGUGGUGAGACAAAAGCCAGUCAUCGGCGUGAUUUGUGCGCCGAUGCUGAACCAACUGUUCUCGGCGUGUCAAAGCAAAGGUGCUUGGCUAAAUGAAAGGACACGGUUACCAUUGCUCGGCCAGAGUAUUGGACCACUACCAAAGAAUGCUCCCGGAAAAUGCAUCUUCUCCUGUGAAUGGGGCAAAGAUCGGAGAGAUUCGCCCGAAGGCAAUCUGCAUCGUAAAGUCAACACUUUCGUGAACAUGGCUUCAGAACCCAACGGACGAGGAGGCAAAGGUGGAAUGGUACAUGGUGUGAGAAGUCUUGGAAGUGCCACACUCGAUUUAGCCUAUAUCGCCAUGGGAUCUUGUGAUCUGUGGUGGGAAGGUGGGUGUUGGGAGUGGGAUGUCGCUGCCGGUAUUUGCCUUGUAGAAGAGGCUGGUGGUUUGAUCACAACUGCCAACCCACCCAAUGACUGGCGGACCUGUACCAUUGAGCCAGCAAAGCUUGGUGGAAGGCUUUAUCUUGCUGUCAGACCCGCAUUUGAUGGACCAGAGGAAACGGCAAGACAGUCACAGGAGAGAGCGAUUCGAGAAGUUUGGAAGAGAGCAAACAAGCUCGAUUACUCGAGGCCUGGUGUAGUGUAA